AUGUGCGAGCUACAAUUGCGCAUGAUAUACGAUGGCGACAACGACAACGACAACGGCAACGGCAACGACGGCAAUGAUGCUGAUGACGACAACGCAGCUGACGAUGAUGAUGACGAUGAUGAUGAUUCUCUUCUCUUGGUGGAGGCGGCUUGUUUGCAGCUUCUCCUCGCUCCCAGUGGCAGCAACGAUGUAGACAACAACAACGACAGCAACAAAAUCGACGACAACGACGACUACCAAGAGGAGGACUGCACUGCACCGUUUGGCUCGUUUUCAAUGUACAACAUCGUUUUUAGACCCAACAAAACAGCCUCGUUCGCGGUUGGCCGUCGACUGUAG